ACUGGUCGCGGGCAGCUGCCGGGCUGGGUCUGGACAAAUGAGGUCUGGGUCCGUCAUCAGGGAUGGUGGCCACUGUCCAGAUGAGAGUCUCACCUGAAGCUUUGGGGUGAUGGUGCUGAUGACCAAGGGGAGACUGCUAGGUGGGGACAUGUCAGCAGGGGACAGGAAUGCGUGACCUAAAACGUGAGCAUCUGCGGAUCUGCCCCCAAGGCUACACCUGCUGCACCAGUGAGAUGGAGGAGAACCUGGCCAACCGCAGCCGUGCCGAGCUGGAGACCGCGCUCCGGGACAGCAGCCGCGUCCUGCAGGCCAUGCUCGCCACCCAGCUGCGCAGCUUCGAUGACCACUUCCAGCACCUGCUGAACGACUCAGAGCGGACACUGCAGGGCACCUUCCCGGGCGCCUUCGGAGAGCUGUACGCGCAGAACACCAAGGCCUUCCGGGACCUGUACGCAGAGCUGCGCCUGUACUACCGCGGUGCCAACCUGCACCUGGAGGAGACACUGGCCGAGUUCUGGGCCCGCCUGCUCGAGCGCCUCUUCAAGCAGCUGCACCCCCAGCUGCUGCUGCCUGAUGACUACCUGGACUGCCUGGGCAAGCAGGCCGAGGCGCUGCGGCCCUUUGGGGAGGCCCCAAGAGAGCUGCGCCUGCGGGCCACCCGCGCCUUUGUGGCUGCUCGCUCCUUCGUGCAAGGCCUGGGCGUGGCCAGUGACGUGGUCCGGAAGGUGGCUCAGGUCCCCCUGGGCCCGGAGUGCUCGAGGGCUGUCAUGAAGCUGGUCUACUGUGCUCACUGUCUGGGAGUCCCCGGCGCCAGGCCCUGCCCUGACUAUUGCCGAAAUGUGCUCAAGGGCUGCCUCGCCAACCAGGCCGACCUGGAUGCCGAGUGGAGGAACCUCCUGGACUCCAUGGUGCUCAUCACCGACAAGUUCUGGGGCACGUCGGGUGUGGAGAGCGUCAUCGGCAGCGUGCACACGUGGCUGGCAGAGGCCAUCAACGCCCUCCAGGACAACAGGGACACGCUCACGGCCAAGGUCAUCCAGGGCUGCGGGAACCCCAAGGUCAACCCCCAGGGUUCUGGGCCUGAGGAGAAGCGGCGCCGGGGCAAGCUGGCCCCACGGGAGAGGCCACCCUCAGGCGCCCUGGAGAAGCUGGUCUCCGAAGCCAAGGCCCAGCUCCGUGACGUCCAGGACUUCUGGAUCAGCCUCCCAGGGACACUGUGCAGCGAGAAGAUGGCCCUGAGCACCGCCAGUGAUGACCGCUGCUGGAACGGGAUGGCCAGAGGCCGGUACCUCCCCGAGGUCAUGGGUGACGGCUUGGCCAACCAGAUCAACAACCCCGAGGUGGAGGUGGACAUCACCAAGCCGGACAUGACCAUCCGGCAGCAGAUCAUGCAGCUGAAGAUCAUGACCAACCGGCUGCGCAGCGCCUACAACGGCAAUGACGUGGACUUCCAGGACGCCAGUGACGACGGCAGCGGCUCGGGCAGCGGUGAUGGCUGUCCGGAUGAUCGCUGUGGCCGGGGGGCCAGCAGGAAGAGCUCCAGCUCCCGGACGCCCUUGACCCAUGCCCUCCCAGGCCUGUCGGAGCAGGAAGGGCAGAAGACCUCAGCUGCCAGCUGCCCCCAGCCCCCCACCUUCCUCCUGCCCUUCCUCCUCUCCCUGGCCCUUACAGUAGCCGGGCCCCGGUGGCGGUAACUGCCCCAAGGCCCCAGGGACAGAGGCCAAGGACUGACUUUGCCAAAAAUACAAAACAGACGAUAUUUAAUUCA